GUAAGGAGAUAGGUAGGGAGAGGCCGCGUUCCGCUCGUGAUUUUGUGUCCCGGCCGUUCGCUCGUCAGGUUGGGAUCCGCCGGCUCCUGAGAUCAUGGAAUUACCCGGGAGAGGACUCCUCGUGUUGGUUCUGGGGGCAGCGUUGGUGUCUGUUUCUGCCAUUAAUGUACAAACGCCUCGGAAAGUAAUCGAAGCGGCCCGAGGAAAAAGCGCGUCGUUGCCAUGCACCUACCAGACGACCGCGACGGAUAAAGCCGGGGCCAAUGUUAUGUGGAAACGGUUUCCAGACCAGAAUGAAGUGAUUAGUGCGUUUUUCGGGAGUAUAAACACAACUGGAAGUACUUAUGAUGGGCGAGUUUCAUUCACCGGCAACGUUUACGUCAAUGAUGCCACCGUUUCCAUUGACCAGCUGACAAUGGAUGACAAUGGCACGUACCAGUGUGAGGUCAACAUUCCCAGAGAUCGGCAAGGAACCCCUAUGGCCAGGUUGGAUCUGGUUGUCUUGGUGGCUCCGUCCAAGCCAGACUGUGGGAUUGUUGGGACUGCAGAAUAUGGUCAGGUGAUCAAAUUGACUUGUUCCUCCAAAGAAGGCUCCCCAUUGCCUCAAUACACGUGGAAAAGCUAUACACCACAAGAUGUACCUAGACAGCUGCCAGUAACCGCUGUGAUAGAGGGAGGAGAAUUGACUCUGAAGAAUAUUUCGGUGGAUUCUUCUGGGUAUUUCAUCUGCACGUCAACCAACAAAAUCGGGGAGGACUUCUGUAAUCUCACCCUGGCCGUUAUGCCACCGUCCAUGAACAUCGGGUUCUACGCUGGGAUCAUCGGUGGAAGUGUUGCCGGCAUUAUCGUUAUUGGGAUAAUCGUCUAUUGCUGCUGCUGCAGAGACCGGGAUGAUAAAGAGGACUACGAGAUGGCGUACCGAGAUGAAGAUGGAGAGGAGGAAGAGGAGAAACCACAGGCUAAAAAACAACCCCAGGCUCAGCAGCGUAAUUACCACGAAGAGGAGUAUGACGAUGACGACGAUGAAGACGCUCAUCAGAACAAUAAUGCGCAACGAGCUGGACCUCCAUUGCCAACGGGCAAUAAACCUCGUUUAGUUAUUGAUCCCGUAGAAGCCUAAAGAGAACUGAAAACCGACCAAGAAUAGUUUUUUAUGCACAAACUUUAUAUAUCUGAUGUUUUCAUUGUCAAUUUUUUUCAAUACUGCGUCUGAGUGUUCAUCAAUGCAGAGGAAAUUCUGUGAAUGUAUUGGCUGCCGCACGUUGUAAGAAUUUACACCGUUUUACAAAUAUUUGGAGUUCUGGUGUAAAUUAAGGCUUGAUGACAAGAACCAUAGAGGAUGGAACUGUAUAUUUGUGUGUUUUUUUUUUUGGUAUGGUGAUAAUGUAAUUAAAAGGUCAGUGUAAAUAAAUGUAUAAACAAU